AUGUCUACACAAUUUAGGAAGUCAAAUCAUAAUAGUCAUAGCAGUAAAAAACUAAAUCCUGCGCUAAAGUCCAAAAUAGACACACUUACAGAAUUGUUCCCUGACUGGACGAGUGAUGAUUUAAUUGAUAUAGUUCAAGAAUAUGAUGAUUUGGAAACCAUAAUUGACAAAAUUACAUCAGGAGCAGUGACAAAAUGGGAUGAAGUAAAGAAACCUGCUAAGAAGGAAAAACACGAGAAGAAAGAACAGCAACACCCAUAUGUCCCUCAACAACAUUUGCCAAACCCUGAAGAUGAUAUCACGUAUAAGAGUCCUAUUAAUAGCAAUUCUUUUACUUCUACCAAGCAUAACAGCAGUAACAACUAUACUCAAGCUAAAAAUAAAAAGAAGGUACAAACACCACGAGCCCAUCCAACUGGCAAGCAUGUCAAUAUCGACAAGGGAAAACACGUUCCAUCUAAGCCUGUUUCAAAUACUACAUCGUGGGCAGCAGCCGUUUCUGUAGAUAGUAUCAAAUAUGACGUUCCUCAAAAUUCAAGUACUAACGAUAAUGAGGUAGAAUUUGAAGAAGAAGAACAGGACCAAGAAAACGAACAAGAAAAUGGGCAAUCAGAAGAACAGCAGCAACAAGAGGAAGAAAAUAACAAAGAAGAAUACAAACACAUAGAACAACCUUCAUUACUUUCAAAGAAAACGUCUAAGACAUUUGCCUCUCAACCAAAAAAAAUGACAUGGGCUGCUAUUGCUACACCCAAACCGAGAACUGUUAAGAAGACUGAAUCUCCUCUUGAGAACGUCGAUGAAUUGAAGAAAGAAAUAGUUGAAAUUAAGGAAGGUGAGCAAAAAGAGGAAUAUGGCGAAGAACAAGCCAAUGAACAAGAAGUCGCUGAAAGGCAAGAAAAGGAAGUCGCUGAACCGUCUGAAGAAAGUGACGAAAAAGCUUCUGAAUUCGAAGAAGAAAAAGUAGAAGUAGAAGAUCAAGAAGAAGAAGAGGAACCAGAAGAACAAGAACAGCAACAGGAACAGCAACAGGAACAGCAACAAGAACAACAACAGGAACAGGAACAGCAACAAGAACAAGAGCAAGAAAACAUUGCCGUACCAGAAGAGAAUGUUGCCGUUGUUGAAGAAAGAGUUGAGAUUGGUGCUAUUAUCUCAGAGCCUUCUGAAGGACAAACUAAUGCUCUUCCUCAGCCACAACAACAACAGCAACCUAUUCAAUCUCAAGCUCAAGAAGAACAACUAUCUCAAAACUACUACACCCAACAGCAACAGCAACAAUAUGCUCAACAACAGCAUCAGUUGCAACAGCAAUACCUAUCCCAACAGCAGCAGUAUGCUCAGCAACAACAGCAACCUCAAUCACAAUCACAACAACAACAACAACAACAACAACAAUCACAACAAAGUCCACAAAGUCAAAAACAAGGAAACAAUGUGGCUGCUCAACAAUACUACAUGUACCAGAACCAAUUCCCUGGUUAUUCCUAUCCAGGUAUGUUCGAUUCGCAAGGAUACGCUUAUGGUCAACAAUACCAACAACUUGCUCAAAACAACGGUCAAACAACCGCUAACGCCAAUCAAUACAAUUUUCAACAAGGUUAUGGUCAAGCUGGCGCCGCCACUGCUGCCGCUGCUAACCUGAAUAGCGCCGCUGCCGCUGCUUCUCCAGCUGCAGCCCAUGCCCAACCUCAACAACAGCAACAGCAACCUCAGCAGCAACAACAACAGCAGCAACCAUACGGUGGCUCAUUCAUGCCAUAUUAUGCACACUUUUACCAACAAUCAUUCCCAUAUGGUCAGCCUCAAUAUGGAGUAGCUGGUCAAUAUCCAUACCAAUUGCCAAAAAACAACUACAAUUACUACCAAACUCAAAACGGUCAAGAACAACAAAGCCCAAGCCAAGGUGUUACACAACAUGCUGAAGAUACCCAACAAAAGCAGUCACAGCAAUCACAACAGCAGCAACCUCAAGGUCAACCUCAAUCAGAAGCUCAAAUGCAAACUGGCCAACCUGUUAACCCACAACAGCAAAUGCAGUUUCAACAAUACUACCAAUUUCAACAGCAGCAACAGCAAGCUGCUGCCGCUGCCGCUGCUGCUGCUGCACAACAAGGCGUACCAUAUGGUUACAACGGUUAUGAUUACAAUUCUAAGAAUUCAAGAGGUUUCUAUUAA